UAUACGAGAACAAGCCUCCAAGUGAUUCCCAACUUUUACGUCAUAACUUGUGCUUUUUCUUUGGCCUACUUGAUCGUCCCAUCUAUUAACUCCACCGUUUUGCCGCGUUUCAUGAAAGAAAUGCUACCUCUGAUCAUCCAUACUAAUUAACACCUGACCUGUUUUAACAAGCUAAUUUCUUAAGUUCGGGUUCUUUGUUCUUUACGUGCAAAAAUGGCUGCCACUUCAAGAUCAAGGCCAUUGGCUUGCCUGCAAGACCGUGGACAUGGAGCAGCCUGGCCUUCACAUAGCUUGAGAAGUAGUAGUACUGAAAGGCUUUCUAAACCUUGUGUGAAGCUGGGAAUGGGAAUUGAAAGAAAACUGAGAAGAUUGGUGGUGAAAGGGUACGGGUGGCCGGAGGGUGAAGUGAAACAUGGAGAUGGUAGUGGCCGUGAAGGUCGAUAUGAAAUCUCAGAGAAGGACAAGAGGUUCGUGGAAUGCCUCCGGGAAGCUCAGCCGUACAUUCAUUUGCACAGAGGCAGCACAUUUGUUGUGGUCAUUUCUGGAGAACUUCUUGGCUCUCCUAAUUCCUUGGAUAUCAUACUCAAGGAUAUUGCUUUUCUUCAUAGUCUGGGUGUAAGAUUUGUGAUUGUUCCAGAGACAACUGUGCAGAUCAACAAGCUUUUGAAGCAGAGAGGAAGCGAGCCCAAGUUUGUUCGUGGAUACAGGAUAACUGACUCUGAAGCUCUAACAGCAGCAGUGGAAGCGGCAGGAGGGAUUCGUAUGAUGCUAGAAGCAAAACUUUCUCCUGGACCCUCCAUAUGCAACAUUCGUCGGCAUGGUGAUGGUAGUCGUUGGCAUGAAGUCGGUAUCAGUGUUGAAAGUGGUAACUUUCUUGGAGCUAAGAGAAAAGGAGUUGUCAAUGGCGUUGAUUAUGGAGCAACAGGUGAAGUUAAGAAGGUUGAUGCUUCUCGCAUGCGCCAGAGGCUUGAUGCCGGCUGUAUAAUUAUAUUAAGCAACUUGGGCCAUUCCAGCUCUGGAGAAGUUCUAAAUUGCAACUCGCAUGAAGUUGCAACGGCUUGUGCAUUAGCUGUUGGGGCAGACAAGCUUAUUUGCAUCAUAGAUGGUCAAAUUCUGGAUGAGAACCGGCGUGUUAUUCGCCGCUUGACUCUUCAAGAAGCAGAGACAUUGGUAUGUAAACGUGCUAAACAAAAUGACGAAGCUUCCAACUAUUUGAAAGCUGUUGGCAAAGAGGAUCUCAGGCUCAGUUCUCCUGUACAUAACGAUCAUAAUGGUGCUGUGCAUUAUUCCCAUAAUGUGAAGGUUAAUGGGAAAAGACGUAAUGUAACCUUUCAGAACGGUGUUGGUUUUGACAACGGGAAUGGACUUGGAGUUGGGACCAGUGAACAAAAUUUUGUUAUCGGAGGUCACGAGUGGCGAGGUCAAUUAAAUGGUUACCUCUCAGAAUUGGCUGCUGCAGCUUUUGUUUGCAGGGCAGGUGUUAAAAGAGUUCAUUUGUUGGAUGGCACUAUAGAUGCAGUUUUAUUCUUGGAAUUGUUUACAAGAGAUGGCACGGGGACCAUGGUGGCUAGUGACAUUUAUGAAGGAACCCGGAUCGCUAGGGUCGAAGAUCUGUCUAGUAUAAGACAAAUUAUGCAACCUUUGGAAGAAUGUGGCAUACUUAUUUGCCGGACCGAUCAAGAGCUUCUUGAAGCAUUGGAUUUAUUCGUUGUUGUGGAAAGAGAAGGUCAGAUAAUUGCUUGUGCUGCUCUUUUUCCUUUCUUCAAGGAGAAGUGUGGAGAGGUUGCUGCCAUCUCAGUUUCUCCUGAUUGCCGUGGGCAAGGGCAGGGAGCUAAAUUACUCGAUUACAUUGAGAAAAAGGCAUCCUCUCUCGGAUUGGAGAUGCUCUUCUUGCUUACAACACAAACUGCAGAUUGGUUUGUGAGGCGUGGUUUCUCUGAAUGUUCAAUUGAAUCAAUACCAGAGAAGAAGAGAAAAAAGAUCAAUCUAUCCCGCAAAUCCAAGUAUUUUAUGAAGAAACUGCAACCUGAUUCAAGUAGAGUUAUCAUUGAUAAGGCAGUCGUUUGAACUUGCAGUAUCACUGCUUUUGUUUUCCCGUUUCUGUUAAUAAAAUUGUGUAAACUAA